AUGGUGAAACUGACAAGAGAUUUUGUAAACCAAAGAAAGAAGCAGGAGAGAGAAAGAAAGAAGAAAGUGAAACAGGACGUGAGAGGAAAAGGAAAAAUAGAGAAACACAUAGAAAAACAGUUGUAUGAGCUAAGCCUCGUUCCAAUAACAAUUACAAGAAAUCCUGGUUUCCUGAUUGAUGGGGAGGAAAAGGAAAACUAUGGAAGUUCUACUUCCAUGGACCCUGAUUUGUACACAGCUGCCAUGGAAGGCAGAAUCCUGGAACUGGUAGAAGCUGUGGAGAAAGGACCCGCUGAUAGACAAAGUGAUCGUGUUGUGCCAGCAAGCUGUAUUCAAGUAAGCCCCCAAAAGAAUACAAUGCUUCACAUAGCAACAAGUUAUAGACAUCAUGAGAUUGUUAAUCUCAUCUGCAAGGAUUUGCCCUUCUUCAUUCAGGAGAAAAACUCUAAGGGUGACACUGCUCUCCAUAUAGCAGCAAGGAUUGGUGAUCCGUUGCUAGUCCGCCUGAUAGUUGAUGCCAUAAGAGGUUCUUCUAGCGAAUCUAUGUUAGGUGACAAAAAUGAGGAUGGAAACACUGCUUUGCAUGAAGCCUUGCUAGCUCAUCAUGAAAAGAUCGCUCGGAUCCUGAUUGACAAAAAUAGGGAAAUGUCGUAUAGCGCCAACAAGGAAGGCAAAUCUGUAUUAUAUCUUGCUGCGGCCGCAGGUUAUGCAGAUAUUGUUAGGCUUAUAAUGGAAAAUCCAUUAGGGAACUACAAUGAACAACAAAGACUGCAAAAUGAAUCACCAGUACACGCUGCCAUUCAUGGGAGGAACAUUGAUGUCCUCAAAAUAAUGUGGGAAAAGGACCAGUCUUCUUUUCAUGUAAGAUGUGAACAAGGAAGGAAUCCGCUUCACUGUGCUGCAUCCAUAGGCUAUCUUGAAGGGGUCAAAAUCCUGCUUCAGAUGUUCCGUGGUGCUGCAUACCAAAGGGAUCGGAAUGGUUUCUUCCCUAUUCACAUAGCUUCUGAUGAAGGCUAUAUCGGGAUAGUCCAAGAGUUUCUAUGGCACUGUCCGGAUUCAAGGGAGCUUCUUAACAGGCAAGGUCAAAGUAUACUUCACCUUGCUGCAAAGAGAGGAAGAAUUCAUUUGGUGAAUUACAUACUCAAAGUGCCCACACUACAGAAUCUUAUAAAUGAGAGAGAUGAGAAUGGAAACACGCCUUUACUUUUAGCUACUAUUUACCUGCAUCCCAAGGUUGUAAGCGUUCUUACAUGGGACCGGAGAGUUAAUCUACUGCUGAUGAACGAGGACGGAUUGACAGCGCUGGAUAUUGCACAAGAAUACAACACAGACACACAAAUGAUGGCUUCAUGUCCAAAGCGAUUGACAUGGCUCGCCUUAAGACUAACCUGUGCAGAACGCUCCCAGCCAACAGCCUCAAGAAACAGAAGACAAAGUUCAGUUGAAGGAGAGUGUUCGAAAUUUGAAAGUUACAAGGAGAACGUCAAUGUAAUAUUAUUAGUCUCAACACUGGUUGCAACAGUGACAUUUUCAGCUGGUUUCACAAUCCCUGGUGGUGACAACAACUCUAGUCCUGACGAAGGUUCUGCAAUCAUGCUAAGGGAAAGGAUGUUCCAACUUACCUCUCCUAGGAGUUGCACUUACAAUGAUGUCCAUAGCAUUCAUGGCAGGUUUAUACUUGGUGGUGAGCAAGCUUAG